AUGGCUCGCCGCCGCCGCCCUCCCCGACCCGGCGCGUUAGCCGACCUGGCACCUCUGCGCAUCUUCACGCAGAUAGUCGCCCUGCAAGCCUCAUACUAUGGCGUUGCUUUGGUCCUAAUCGUCUUCACUACCUUUGUCGCCGGUCGUCAUCCCGAUGCUGGACUGCUGCUGGACUGGCGGAAUCUGCGUGGAGAUGUAACGACGGGGUGGACGCUGGGUUUAUGCUGGAUGCUUGAUAGCUUGAUCACUGUCAUUCCAAUCCUCCUACUCAUAGCUCGCUCGAAACUCGUCCCCGACUUCGCCCUGACCGUCCACGUGAUCAACCUGGUAGUCACCACCGUCUACACCCGCUCGAUACCGACGAACGUCUACUGGUGGGGACUACAGAUAGCCUCCUCGGCUUUGAUGAUCGCGCUGGGAAUAUGGGCGUGCCGAUGGCGGGAGCUGAAGCCAAUGGCGUUUGGAGGUCAAGGCAGCAACAACAAAGGGAAGGGCAAGGCACCAGCCACUGAUGACAUUGCGGACGGGCGUCCGCCGGACGCUGAGCAAGGGGAGGGCUAUGAGAUGGGUGGAGGGAGAGGUGGUAGAGGGAAGGAUGGAGCCGGCAGCUACGAGAUGGUUGGCAUGGCCCCCAGAGAGCCCGCAUGA